GAUUACCUGCUUCAUAUUCACCUUCCUUCACCAAAUAAGCGAGUUCAAAUUGUCACUACUACACAUGAACCUGUUUCUGUCACCCAUCUGUCAACUCUCCACUCUCCACAUACAUCUUCUUUCCUUCUUGCAUUCAUUCCUUAGUCAACCACCCAUUUCCCUGAACCAAAAUGAAGAAAGUUCGAAAGCGAGUCUCUAAACUAAGCAUGGUUACAGCAUGGCAGAAAUCUCAUGAUCGGAAGUCGAGGCUGGGCUCCAAGACCAAAGUGGGGCCCCCGAUGAUGGAGGAAGAGAUGGAUCAAGUCAUGGCCGACAGCAAUGUCAUGGAGUCCACUGAAACAAACGGAAUCAAUCCUUCAGAUGGGCUCACUGUCGGUCACGAUUCUCCACCCAUUCAACCGAGUCCUCUGAAGACCGCAGUGCCAAGAGAGCCGACCCCGUUGGAGUUCUCGUCCAGUGGUUCGACGUCCGCCAUCUCUCAUGACCCCGAUAUGCUCGAAGAUGUUGAAGAAGAGCAACCACCAUUAGCCCAGCAAGUCCAAGUCGUCGUUGAGAAGCCAUCCAAAGCCGAAGCCCUACCCUACACGUCCCGUCGAUCUGGACUGGUCUACGAUGUGCGGAUGCGCCUGCAUGUUGAGAUCAUCUCCAGACAACAGAUGGAAGAUGAUAUGCACCCAGAAGACCCACGCCGCAUCUUUGAGAUCUACAAAGAGCUCGUCGCCGGUGGCCUCGCCUACGAUCGCCUUCUUGGUUCGGAAGGCCCAAUAUCUGACCAUUAUCUCUAUCGAAUCGCUGCACGGUUCGCUACCAAGGAAGAAGUGUGCUUGUUCCACACCGAGGAACAUUGGAAUUGGGUUGAGGGAUUGCAGAAAAAGACAGAUUUGGAGCUUUUCGAGGACGGCAUGGCCAUGGACUCUGUUUAUCUUCACCACGAAACAUUCUCGUGUGCUCGACUCGCAGCUGGUGGCACCAUUGAAGCCUGCCGAGCCGUUGUACAGGGCCACGUCAAAAAUGCCGUCGCCGUUAUCCGUCCGCCUGGACAUCAUGCUGAACGUUGCCAACCAGCCGGUUUUUGCUUCUUCAACAAUGUCUCGAUUGCAGCUCGGGUCUGCCAACAAGACUUUCCCGAAAAGUGCCGGAAAAUCGCCAUCAUCGACUGGGACGUGCAUCAUGGGAACGGUGUUCAACAAGCAUUUUACGACGAUCCGAACGUCCUAUAUAUUUCCCUCCACGUCCACAAGAACGGUACCUUCUACCCCUCUGGCCCUUACGGAAACCAUUUACAUUGCGGAGAAGGACCCGGUGUUGGGUUUAGUGUGAAUAUUCCUUGGAGCACUCACGGAAUGACCGACGCAGAUUACUUGUACGCAUUUCAGCAGGUCAUCAUGCCGGUUCUCGUGGAAUUCAACCCUGACCUUGUCAUUGUGUCCUCGGGAUUCGACGCGGCGGAGGGCGAUAAACUCGGCGGCUGCCAUGUGUCGCCUUCUGGCUACGCUCAUAUGACGCACAUGCUCAUGUCCAUUGCGAAGGGGAAGAUUGCAGUCGUUUUGGAGGGCGGCUACAACUUGCGAUCCAUCGCCACAUCUGCGCUGGCAGUCACUCGCACUCUUAUGGGCGAACCUCCCGAUCGCAUCACAACCACGGACCCCACUGCAUCCGGCGUCAAAACUGUUCAGUUGGUCAAGAAUACGCAAUCCCGGUACUGGAAGUGUUUGUACCCCAAGGACAUCCACAGCAAGGACCUGAUGGAGAACUUUGGGGCUCAGCGGAUGCAUGAUGUCGUUCGUGCGUACCAAGCGAAGAUGCUAUAUGAUGAAUUCAGGAUGAUGGAGCUCAUGAUUAUCCGCGAUCGACUGUCUCCCUCUUUCAAGCACCAAGUGCUUGCGACUGAGAAUUUCGACAGCGAACGACCACUUCUUAUCAUUUUCCAUGAUCCACCAGAUGCACUUGGUAUCCCUCAUCCGGCAUCCAACAAACUAGAGUUGCAUAACACCUGGGUGACUGAUGUUCCAAAGCUGUACAUUCAGUGGGCCACCGACCAUGGUUUCGCCGUUAUCGACGUGAACGUGCCGUAUCACGUUACUGAAGAUGGAAACGAUCAAGGCUACAUGGACACCGAUUCGGAUGAAGACAGGCGAUUGGCGACCCGAGAGAUGGCCACUUACCUGUGGGAUAACUACGUUGCGCCGAAUGAGAAUAGCCAUGUCUUUCUUAUGGGUGUGGGAGCGGCUUAUCUCGGCAUUCUUGAUCUAAUCUCAACCAAUGAGACUUGUACGGACCAGAUCACCGGUGUCAUAUCCUUCAUAUCGAACCAGGCGCUUCUGUCUGUGCGACGACCAACCGACGAUAACAUCGCGACCUGGUAUUGGCAUCAUUCGCUCGUCUUCGUCGCCCAAGACCACGCCGUCUGGGACCCCGACCGACAGCGGAAGCAGCGAAAGAAGUACGGCAAAUUAGUACGCUCCUCGAACAACCACCUGAACGAGAUGCUCGGCGAAGCGUCCGAUCAAGUAACGCAGUACCUUACGGAAGAGACGGAGGAUUGGCGUGAGGAGCAGGAGCGCAAGCAGCCGAAGAAGCGCAAACUCGACCCUUCCAUGGCAGGUGCAAUAGAUUUGAGGGAAGGCCGAGCAAGCAGUGUUCCAGGGACCUCCCGCGGCUCGGGGCGACUUCCGCCAUUGGGGACGUUCACGGUGCCAGCGGGCGAGGCGGCGGGUCUUAUGCGGGUGAGCCCCAAGCAGGGCUAGCUCACCAUUCAUAGCGACCGUGCCAGUGAUGACGGGCACGAUUUGAUAUUUCCAGCGUUUGCUACAUCUUCUUUUCUCCGAGUUGUCAGAGGCUGGGCAAUGGGUGCCAGGGAUUUUGACAGUGGCUCGCUGCAUGGAGUCGGGCAGGAUAUCGCUAUCCGAUGCGUUACAUCAGG